GCUGAUAGUGCCAUCUUCUUCGGCUAUUCGCAUCAAUACUCUCCAGCCAAUCUGUACAUUCAUCAGGCCAUGCAGUGCACCACAAAUACGCUGGAGAUGAUAAUCUUCUUGCUCUGUUCAUGCCUUCUCUUUCCAUUCGCGGAUGCAGCAGCGCGCCAUGGAGGCGUGCAUCUAGCGUCCCAGGAAGCGGCCCUCCUCCAGUGGAAGUUGAGCUUGCAGAGCCCGCCGACGGCGCUGGACUCGUGGCGGCAGGGGACGAGCCCGUGCACCGGCAACUGGACGGGCGUGGCGUGUGGCGCCGUGCGCCACGGCCGGCGUGCGCCCCUGGCGGUGACCGAAAUCUCCCUGCCGAACGCCGGCAUCGACGGCCGACUCGGUGAGCUCAACUUCUCAGCACUCCCGUUCCUCACAUACUUGGACCUCGGCCUCAACAACCUCCGUGGCGAAAUACCGCUGGAGAUCACGUCCCUGCCCGCGCUCUCCUACCUCGACCUCAGCGGCAACGGGCUCCAUGGAAACAUACCACCCGAGCUUGGCAACAUGCCACGCCUCACCCAGCUGGGACUCGACUCCAACAAUCUCACAGGCCGUAUCCCGGCGUCUAUUGGGAACCUGACGACACUAAGAUUUCUUGUCUCCGGGAACAACAUGCUCACCGGGCCGAUCCCAGAGGAGCUAGGGAAGCUCAUGAGUCUUGAAAAGUUGGAACUGAGCGGCACCUUGUUAAGCGGCCAGGUACCUAAAAGCUUUGCCAACUUGACCAGAUUAAACACUCUCUACCUUUACAGCAACAAUCUAUCAGGGUCCAUACCGCCUUCUCUUGGCAACCUCAACAAACUGAUGGAUCUUCAGCUGAGUGAUAACCGCUUGAGUGCUGGAAUCCCAGUUGCUUUGUUAAAUCUUACUGAGCUGAACAUACUUAGCCUUGAGAUGAAUGAGCUCACAGGUUCCAUUCCUCAUAUGAUUGGUUUGCUGCCCAAUCUAAGCUUGUUAGGUUUAUCUACAAACCAGUUGACUGGCUCCAUUCCUCCGAGUUUGGGGAACCUUACUUUUCUAAAUUACCUUAGCCUCCAUGACAACCAGUUGGUUGGAUCAAUCCCUGCUGAGGUCGGUGCUUUGGUGAAUCUCCAAACCAUGUCUUUGGCCUCAAACAAGAUUUCAGGCUCAAUUCCUGUAACUUUCAAGAAUCUCACGAGCAUAAGGGUGCUAUUUCUAUUCCAAAACAAGCUGUCGGGUCCUUUGCCUCCAGAAUUCGCUAAUAAUUUCUCACACUUGAUACAUUUAAAUCUAGGAAACAACUCUCUGUCAGGGGAACUGCCCUCGGAUGUAUGCAAAGGGGGGAAGCUUGAGAAGUUCGUAGUUGCUAUUAACAUGUUCACUGGCCUUAUCCCAACAAGCCUGAAAACAUGCAGGAGCCUGGAACUUCUUUCUCUUACUGACAACCAAAUCACUGGAGAUGUAUCAAGUUUGGGGCCAUACCCACGACUUGUUAAAGCAGAAUUAGGGGGAAAUAACUUUUCCGGGGGCUUGUCGAAAAUCUGGGUUUCAAGCAUCAAUUUAACCGGCUUUUAUAUGCAGAACAAUAUGAUAACUGGAAGCUUGCCCCUGGAGUUUUCAAACCUUGAAAAAUUGGAGGAACUUUUAAUCAACGGAAACAACCUAACUGGCAAGAUACCACCAGAAUUAAGUAAUCUUGUCAACCUGUACACACUCGAUUUAUCACAAAACCAAUUUUCAGGUCAUAUACCGCCAGAGUUUGGUCAAAUGGUAAAUUUGCAAUACCUCAAUAUGUCUGCAAAUAAGUUGAGCGGCUCGAUACCUCAAGAGAUCGGGAAUUGUAUAAAGCUAAUUUCGUUGGCAAUUAACCACAACAGCUUGAGUGGAGAUUUGCCGAUGACUAUUGGUAAUCUGAGAAGUCUACAGAUUGUGUUGGAUGUGAGCAACAACAAACUCACUGGCAGCUUACCUGCACAACUCGGGAACUUAGCAUUACUGGAGAUCCUGAAUCUCUCCCACAAUGAAUUCACUGGAAGUAUUCCUCCGUCCAUUGGCGGCAUGGAUAGUCUGUCAACACUUGAUGUGUCAUACAACAACUUGGAAGGGGCUCUCCCAACAGGUCGACUAUUCCGUAAUGCCUCAAUUCGAUGGUUCCUACACAACAAAGAUCUCUGUGGUAAUCUCUCUGGCAUGCCAUUAUGCUCUUCAAUUCCAAUAAUGAAGCAUCACAGUGCAGGAAUUCACAACUUGGGCCUAGCUAUAUCUAUCCCUGUGUGCAUAGUCAUUAUACUCUCGAUUUCUGUAACUGCGAUUCUCCACAAAAGGAAAGGACCACAGAAAAAUACGGGCAAAGCUGGUACAAGAGAUGUCCUGUCAGUAUGGAAUUUUGAUGGGAAACUUGCCUUUGAGGAUAUCACUGGGGCGACAGAAAAUUUCAGUGAUAAGUACAUCAUUGGGUCAGGGGGGUAUGGAACUGUCUACAAAGCUCAGCUUCAAGGAGGGAGACUAGUUGCCGUGAAAAAGCUUCACCCAUAUGAAGAAGACAUGAGUGACGAAAAGGGAUUCCUUAGUGAAAUUGAAGUGUUGACCAAGAUACGGCAUAGAAGCAUAGUCAAGAUGUAUGGAUUUUGCUCUCAUCCAAGGUACAAAUUUGUAAUAUAUGAUUACAUUGAGCGAGGAAACCUUUCUGCUAUCUUGAAAAAUGAGGAACUUGCGAAGGAGUUAGACUGGCAGAAGCGAGUUGCCAUUGUAAAAGACGUUGCUCAAGCUAUCUUCUAUUUGCACCAUGAUUGCAACCCACCAAUAAUCCAUCGUGAUAUAACAAGUAACAACAUCUUGCUAGAUGGAGACUUCAAGGCUUAUGUUUCAGAUUUUGGAAUAGCAAGGAUGCUAAAACCUGAUUCAUCCAAUUGGAGUGAACUAGCUGGAACAUAUGGUUAUAUAGCACCAGAGCUUUCUUACACAUCAGUGGUGACAACAAAAUGUGACGUCUAUAGCUUCGGUGUCGUUGUGCUGGAGAUUAUGAUGGGGAUGUACCCCACGGAGCUGCAGUCCCUUGUUUCCAUGGGACAGAAUCAAGAGCUUGCAAUGGAGGAUAUGGUGGACAAGCACCCAUCAUCGCCGACAAUUGUGGAGAAGAAAGAAAUUGCUCUUCUUGUGGAAGUGGCAUUCGCUUGCCUGCAAACUUCUCCUCAGUUUAGGCCAGAGAUGCAGGAUGUCUAUGAGAAACUGAUUCUGCACAAACGUCAUCCUUUUGCCUCGCCUACUCAUGAAUUAACAGCAGAAGAAAUGAGAGAAGUGUAAGGUCAUCUAUGUUAUGUACUUAUGUCAAGAAGCUAUCACACAUUCAUCGUGUUUAGUUGUUAUUAUGAACAGCACCUGUAUUGGAUGAUAGUCCCAAGGGUCUAGGGCGGGUCUAAUAGCAUUGCAUUUGAAAGUUAGUAACUGAACACUACAUAAAAAAUAAUUCAGAAUUGAAGUGGUGCGCACCACUAGUGUUGGAAAUAUGCCCUAGAGGCAAUCAUAGAGAUGAUCAUAUUUCUUUGUAUUCAUGAUUAAUAAAGGAUUCUUUGAAUAUCAUAAAAGUCAACUUGUA